AACCUCACACCACAUCCCACCCUGGAUUGCGAGAUGUUCCGAUGUGCGGUCCGGGCAUGCUGUGAUGAAGGGUUCUCAUUUUCAUAUACAAACAUGGUCGCUACAGAUUCUAUUUCCCUUCACAGAACACCUGGUGGACGUGAAAAAGAUAAUUCAGCCAUAGAAAGGACACGUAAAGCUACGGUGAUAGGAAUUAAAACCAUUAUAAAUUAGGUGGGAAGGAUAGCCUUUUUGGCCGGAGUUGUGAGGCAGAGAGAAGAGAAAAAUGAGUCCUUGGCUACAACGAUUGUGGCCGGACGGCCGACAAGGCAUCUUCCUUGGUACCCUCCCUUUGUCUCUCAUCUUCCUCCUUUCCUCCAUCUUUCUCUUUCUGUUCAGUUUAGGUUACAGAAGUCGAAUCAAGAGUCACAACCUACCACCUUCUCCAUUCCGGCUUCCGGUCAUAGGGAACCUCCACCAACUGGUUUCGACCUCGCACCGUGAUCUUCACUCCCUCGCACAACGCCAUGGCGCGCUUAUGCUUCUUCAUCUGGGCAACUCACCAACCUUAGUGGUGUCGUCGGCCGACACAGCUCGAGAGAUCAUGAAAACACAUGAUCUCAUCUUCUCCAGCAGACCCAAGAGGAGCAACAGUUGGCGUCUUCUGUACAAUCACAAGGAUGUGGCACUUGCACCUUACGGCGAGUACUGGCGUCAGAUCCGUAGAAUCUGUGUUCUCCAGCUUCUUAGCGUGAAGAGGGUUCAAUCAUUUCAACCGGUGAGAGAGCAAGAGACGGCUCUUUUAAUCGAGAACAUCCAACGCUCCUGUUCUUCCUCACCUUCUUCCUCGGCUUUGGUCAACCUGAGCGAUGCGCUGGUUUCUCUCACGACCGAUGUAAUCUGCAGGGUUUCCUUCGGAAGGAAAUACAGUGGAGGCGGGGAGGGUUCGAAGAAGUUUAAGCAGAUGUUGAAAGAACUCAUGUAUCUAUUGGGAGUUUUCAACGUCGGACACUUCAUCCCAUGGCUUGCUUGGGUGGAUUACAUUAGUGGUUUGAAUGCAAGAGCGGAAAAGUGCUUCAGAGAAAUGGAUUGUUUUCUGGAACAAGUAAUUGAAGAACAUAUUCAUCAAGGCAAUAAGACUGGUGGUGGUGAAGAAGACUUGGUAGACGUUUUGCUUGCGAUAGCCAAGGAUAAGACGAUUGGUAUUCCUAUUGAGAGAGACAACAUCAAAGCUAUCAUGCUGGACAUGUUUGUCGCAGGAGCUGACACUACACAUACAGCCAUGGAAUGGGCAAUGGCGGAGCUCUUAAGACAUCCAGAAGUGAUGAAGGAAUUGCAGGAAGAGGUGAGAAAUACGAGUAGUGGCAAACCCUAUGUUACAGAGGAGGAAGUAGAGAAAAUGCAAUACUUGAAGUUGGUUAUAAAGGAGACCCUAAGACUACAUCCUCCAGUUCCUUUGUUGGUACCAAGAGAAUCGACCCAAGAUGUCAAGAUAGAAGGAUACAACAUUCCAGCCAAAACAGUGGUGCUUAUCAAUGCUUGGGCAAUUGGAAGAGAUCCUGCAUCAUGGGAAGAACCAGAGAAAUUUCAACCAAAGAGGUUCCUGACUUCUGCUAGUAACCUAAAUAUUGACUUCAAAGGAAAUGAUUUCCGGUUAAUUCCCUUUGGAGCAGGCAGGAGGGGAUGUCUAGGAAUUCAGUUUGCAAUGGUUGCCAAUGAACUUGUACUAGCUAAUCUUCUGCACAAAUUUGAUUGGAAAUUACCUGGUGGAUCCAGCGGAGAGGAUUUAGAUAUGACAGAAGCUUCAGGGACCACAGCUCACAAGAAGCACCCACUCGUUGCAGUUGCAAUUCCUCACCAAUGUCAAAUAUGAAUUAUAUAGUCCACAUGUAAAACAAAAGCAACAGAUGUAUGUGGAGAGAGAGAGAGAGAGAGAAGGGGGGGUGUUGUCAGGAUAAGGUUAAUGUAUACCCCGUCCCGUAUAUUGAUGUUACUGGUUAAAUAAAACAAUUCUAAUUAUAUUACUACCAAUAAUAAAUAAUUAUAGUGGGCCCCAUUUUGAUUUA